AUUUGCCUCUGCACAUUUUCUCUUCCGUGCGCUCAGACAACAGCAACGUCGGCGAAUACUACAGAUUUCUCAAUUAAAUUCUGUUCAUUCACAUUUAAGUUCGAAAAGAUAGCCCAGUCCGCCUAGCUAUUUCGAAUUGUCGGCGCUCUUGUGUGCAGGAGUGUGAAGAGGACAGAAAACCCACAAUAUAACAGUACAGCGGGGAAUCGAAACAGUACAGACAUACACUCGAACAUGUCUUCAGCGGCAAAUUCGCCUGCGACCAAUUCGAAUUCAGAUGACGAACAGAGCCGAUCGAAAUGGCAUAUGCAACUCAACGCGGACACACCUUCACCUAAUUCAAACACACCGUUAUCUACACCCACGUCAUUGCAUUCUAGCGCCGGUGGAGUUAGUGGUGGAGCAUCAAAACGGAAAAGCGCAUUUCUUCCAUAUCGUCCACAUGCCACUGUACUUACAAACUUGCAACGCGGAAAUACUGAAGCAACCUUUUGCCCAGUGGAAGUGGCAUUGUCAUUCCACGAACGUGCCGGUCAAGGUGAGAUCACCGAUGAUCAAGUGCGUGUAGAAUUCGAGCGGAAUGCUCACAAUAUUGAUUUCAAAGAUACUACUGGAUUUACUGCCCUUCACUGGGCAUCCUACUACGGUCAGCUGGUUGCAGUACGUUUACUUGUUGAUUCUGGUGCUGAUGUGAAUGCAGAAGCACCGGAAAUGGUAACCCCACUUUUGCUUGCAGCUUGUGGUGGUCACAAUGAGGUGGUACGUUUGUUGCUGGAACAUGGUGCUCGCCCUACACAUAUGGAUAUUGUCGGUAACACGGCGUUAAUGUAUGCCGCAGCGGGAAAUCACCCACAUACCUGCAACGAAUUAUUAGCCAAAGAUCCGGAUAUGACGGCCACUAAUGAGAAUGGCGAUACCGCAUAUUCCUUGGCUGUAGAAAAUGGAGCUGUUUUGGCGCAAGCAGUGCUGGAGCAGUACUUGAGUGCGUUGCUGUUGCUUUAAAAGAAAAUUAUUCUCAGAAGGCAUUGAUUAUGGAAAAGACUCGUGUCGCCAACAAUAACAACAACAACAACAACAAUAAACGCAAUAACACAACAUUCCUUUCGUUGAAGUGAGCCGAGCGCGCCGCUGAACAUAAUCGAAGGCCGUAAAGUCGAUGGCAUAAAGAAGGAAAGAAGGUAUACCACAAAAACAACAAGGACUAACUGAUUUUUUAAAACUUUGCAACAUCGAAUUUUGCCUGUUUUUACAAUAUUUAUUAAAUAUAGAUAAUAUAAGUCUAAAGUGUUUUGUAAACACAUCUGUGUGUAGUUAUGUCCGAUUAAUUGUAUUCAAUUGUAUGAAUAGUUAAUAUUUGUGUGAAAAUACCGUUAUAGCGUUAUAUUUGCGUACAUGUCCGACAAUUGUGAUAGCAAGUUAGUCGUUUAGCAACUUGAUUUAACUGUUUAAUAAAGUCAUACGUUCUAGUUACACUACUUACAGCAAAAGUGUAGAAUUUUAAACCAAAAAUAUAAUUGUAAUAGAAGUGAAAAAAGCUGUGAAAGUCUUUAACAAAAAUUUCGUAUUAUUUGUGGGCAUGUAUAUUUCUGUAAUAACUGUAAUAAUAACCUCGUAAAAGUAACUGAAAUCAAAGAAAUUGAAUUUUAAGUAAACGAAUGAUAAAGCUAUAAGAAAGUUAUUAAAACUUAUUUAAGUUCUCUUGUCCAUUUUUUAAGUAAUUAAAACCAUAAAAUCAACUGAAUUCCACUUCGAAUAAUUUCCAUUCCAACAAACAGUAUUUUGUGAACUGAAAACCAAAACUGAUACAAGUUUUCAACUCACACAUCCUACUUCGAUUCACUCACUCACUCAAGUAUUGAACACAUUCUCUUAAUUAAGUAACUUUAUUUCUAUAAGCAAACUAAAAGCUAAUACUCAACAUCAUGUCUUUGCUCAAGCGCAAAUGCACGCUACUCUUUAGCGUCUGCUCGUUGACUCUAGUGCUCGCUUGCUUUUUGAAGCAGCCGACUACGGCUAAUGCAUGCUCUAGUCGUUCCAUACCGAAACCACGCACGCUCUCCUCGGCCGCCUCAUCGCUUUCGCCACAAAAGUCGACUACGACCACGACCACAACUACCACCACCACAACCACCACAGAGCCGACCACUACUACCACAACGACACCAAGACCAAACAUCACCUUCCCAACCUACAAAUGUCCGGUGAACUACGACGCUUGGUAUUGUUUGAAUGAUGCCACCUGUUUCUCGGUUAAGCUGGGAGAUUCUGUUAUGUAUAAUUGCGAGUGCGCAAAUGGUUUUAUGGGACCACGCUGCGAGUACAAGGAGUACGAUGCAUCCUUCUUGCCGAAACGACCACGUCCCAUGCUGGAAGAGGCAAGUAUUGCAAGCGGCGCCAUUUGUGCCCUACUCUUUGUGCUUUUCAUCUGCUUGACUUUAUAUCUGCGUUAUGAGCAGCGCGCCAAGAUAUUUGCUGAGGAUUACGAGAUCACCGACGUCAUGGAGGACGAUGACGAGUUUGAAAACAGCUAUUUCUCCACGAAGGCAUGUCGCUACUGCAAUGAGCCGCAAUGUUGCGGUGCAAAGGCUGGAGUCGGUGGUGAUGUUGGCGAUAACGGUAUGCGUGGUCGUGUAUAUGGCGCGACCGAGGGCGGCGUUGGUGCACCAUCGCUGCGUCGUUACAUUGAAGCGAUUUCUAUGUCAUUUGCCAUCAGGCGCACCACCAAAAUGUAAAAUGAGAAUUAAACGAAUAUGAAACAUAAUUUAUAUAAAGAAAGCAUAAAUAGUAUGGUUGUUGUAUUGUAUUUGCGAAAUUUAUAAAACAAAAAAAGACGCAAGAAAUUUAUCCUGCGCUGAAUAAUAGUAAAAAUUUGGUCUAGAUCUGCAUUGCAGAUAAUUUUGAAGAAUUUUAGUUCAUUGAUAGACAAAAUAAAAUAUUGAAUUCUUUGUACAUUCAAAAAUAACUAAAUAUUAUAUAAAUAACUAAGAUUAAACAAAAUUUUAAUAAUAAUAAAUUUAACUUGAAAGUACUUAAUUGUUAAUAUUUUCCAUUGCAAUUAAAUUAUCUGUACUUAACAAAUUACGCUAUGUGAAAAAAGUAACAAUUUUUUGGCAAAUACAACACUACAAUCAACUUUGAAAAAAUAUAAAUAUUAAAUAAGCUUUGUUAGACUUUAAGCUAAGCUAGCAAGCCAAUUAAUUAACUUUUAACUGUACCGUUUUUUAAAACACAUCAGUUUUAGACUAGUGAUGACUAAAUGCCUUCGAGUGCUUUAUAUACAACACAUAUACUCCUGAAAUCUCUUCAUAUUUCAACUAAAAAGGAAGUCCAUUUUCAUAAAUUCUUGACAUCACAGCACAUUUACAUAUACUCGUAUACAACACAAACAAACAUACAUUAAUUUCAUUUAAAGCUUAAUAUUUAUGAAAUUUCACCACUUAAGUCCGAAAUCAACUGAAUUUACGAAAUUUUUUUACAAACCUUAUUUAAUACAUUAAUAUAUACGUGAUAUUUAUUUAUUUAUAUUGCAGCGUAUUUUAUGAGAACUCAUAUUAAUUUAUCUUGCAACAUGCAAAAAGUAUUAUUCGUGUCAACUAUUGUACACACCUUCUUUUAUUAAAUAAUAUGCAAAUUAAAUAAAACUGCACAAAGCUAUAA